AUGCAUCCUGUUUUACCCAAAAAGCUGGCUGGGACUUGCGCGACGCUUUGCGCUUUGGGCAUCUUGACUACGGCGUUGCGCUGCUAUACAUGUCUCACGUGGUACUCAGCGACGAUAUUAACAGGAAUUCACUACGGCACUGGUCGACGGACAGCGGAUAUAUCACUCAGUGACUCUGUGGACGCUAUGCGUUGUUGGUAUCUUUGCUUCCUCAGCUACGCGGCAACCAUCACUUUCGCGAAAAUUUCCGCCGGCUUCUUCUUCCUACGCAUCUCUGGCGUCAUGACGCUCCACCGUGUUGCAACCUGGAUCGUAACCAUUCUCGCAGCAUUAGUAGGAUUCGUCUACUUCUUCCUUACCGCCUUUCAGUGCCGUCCAGUAACGUACUUCUGGACCAGGAUGGAAGGAACGAGUGGGAGCUGUAUAUCUAUAGACGUCAUUAUUGGGAUGACCUAUCUAUAUGGGAGUGUUAGUUUGCUCACGGAUGUUGCGUAUGGGGCGUUGCUGUGUGUUCUCAUCUGGAACCUCAGAGUCGACCGCCGGACCAAGAUGCUCAUCUCGCCAUUGCUGGCAAUGGCUUGCAUAGCAAGUUACGCUGCUGCCAUCCGCAUGCCCUAUAUCAAGAACUUCAAGGACCCAGACUUUCUAUACGCGACCGUCUACCUCUCCCUCUGGUCUACCGUCGAAUGCGGCCUCUCAGUCAUCGCUACAAACCUCGCCACUCUACGACCGUUGAUCGGCCACAUCGCGCACACAUCUCGAAGCCUGUACACACGAUCUUCCCAACGAACAGACGAGCGGCAGUUCCAUGCUAUCUGCGCUCAAGAGCCGAUCAUGGUCCUAGAGGGUGUGCACGGCAAGCCCCAUAUCACUAGCGAGCUAUGCAUUAUCGGCGUAAAGGAUAUCGAGCAGAACGCGAAGGGCACUGAGAGUAUGGCUUGGUCAUGGAGGCGGAACAUUUGA